AUGUCUGCACUGAACCGUCCGUCGUCGCCGGCAUCAACCAGCGGUGCUGCUUCUCCAGACGAUGUUGCCGCACCUGGUGAAAAUGUAGGGUGUGCUGCUCCGCAUGGAGCGGAAGCCGUUGACAAAGUGUCGACAGGUUCACCAGAGAACUCGCUGCGAGAAUCUCUGGAAAAAAAAUAUGGAAGAGAGCAUAUUUAUAUUUCAGAGUCAAGUGAAGUAGUUCAUCACCAUCCAGUUUUUGUUAAAGACACAUCCAAGUACUGGUACAAGCCCACUAUCUCUCGUGAAGAAGCAAUCAAUAUACUGCGAGAUAAGCCGCCUGGAACAUUCCUGGUACGUGAUAGUAAUAGUUUUCCUGGUGCUUUUGGUCUUGCACUUAAAGUUGCAACUCCUCCGCCUGGUGUGCAUCCUGGUGACGGCACUGAGUUGGUUAGACAUUUUCUCAUUGAACCGUCUCCGAAAGGUGUUAAACUGAAGGGAUGCAGCAAUGAACCAAUCUUUGGUACACUUUCGGCAUUGGUAUAUCAACACUCAAUAACACCGCUUGCCUUACCGACAAAGUUGCUUUUGCCCGAAUAUGAUCCGGCUACAGUGCCAGAACGUGUAAGUGCUGCACAAGCACUUUUACAACAGGGUGCUGCUUGUAAUGUAACUUAUAUUGGGUCGGUUGACUGUGAAUCAUUGACGGGUCCUGAAGCUGUUAGACGCUGUGUUGGAGAAACCUUCGAGCUUUUCAAGCAACGAAAAGUGAAGCCCGUUCCUGUGCAUUUCAAGGUUUCUGCUAGAGGGGUAACAAUUACCGAUAAUACCAGACAGCUGUUCUUUAGGCGACACUACCCGGUAGAAUCUGUUAUAUAUGCAGGCAUUGAUCCAGAAGACCGGAAAUGGGACAAUGAAAAUAUCACGACUGGCAUGACCGAUUACGUGAAGAUUGCCCGAACGUUCGCAUUUGUCGCUCGUAAAGCAGGCACUCACGCUGACAAUGCCUGCCAUACAUUUGCGGAGCUGGAGCAAGAGCAACCAGCCGCAGCUGUGGUCAAUUUCAUCACUAAGGUGAUGAUGGGAACAACACGCAAACUGUGA